AUGGCUUCAGAAGCUUCAAAGCAAGUGCACCGCACCACCUUAUUUAUGAUCCCGGACUCGAACGAUGUUCAAGCCGUUCUGGACAAAUAUGCCACAAUGGCUGAAGAUGCAAAGAAGGUGNACGGCAAACCAUACAUCCUUCGAUGCGUAGCGGGACCGGCAGUCGACGAUGCGAGAAGCCAAGGAUACACUCUGGCAGCGCAAACAACAUUCUCAAGCCUUGACGACAUGAAGUACUAUGACAAUGAAUGCGAGGCACACGCAGCGCUGAAGGCUGUGGCUAAGAGCAAGGUGGAAGGACCGCCGUUGAUGGUGUGCUUCGACAAUGCCGUUGGCGCAUCUUCUUAA